AUGGACAGCGAAUAUCGAAUAAUUCUAAAUGUGGGCGGUGUUCGUCACGAGACCUACAAGCAUACGCUCAAAAAGAUUCCGGCGACGAGAUUAUCGCGUUUGACAACAAAUUUGGCCAACUACGAUCCGGUUCUCAACGAGUAUUUCUUCGAUCGUCAUCCGGGUGUGUUCGCGCAAAUUCUCAAUUACUAUCGUACCGGAAAACUGCACUAUCCGCUCGAUGUUUGCGGACCAUUAUUCGAGGAGGAGCUCAAGUAUUGGGGUCUCGACUCGAACGAAUGCGAGCCGUGCUGUUGGAUGACGUUGUCGGGCACACGAGACACGCAGGACGUUCUCAAAACAUUGGACGAGCUCGACAUCGAAGUCGACCAAACAGAAGGGCCGGAGCUCUACAAACGCUUCGGAUGGGAGGACGACUACCACAACGACAGUCUGAGCGCGUGGCAGAAAAUGAAGCCGAAAAUCUGGCGGCUGUUCGACGAGCCGUCGUCGUCGCGCGCCGCUCAGAUCAUCGCCGCCAUCUCCGUCUUCUUCCUCAUCACCGCCAUCAUUGUGUUCUGCCUCAAAACGCAUCCGGGCCUCCGAAUACCGGAGCUCACGAUUGCCGGCAAUUUUUCAAGGAACCAUAGAAGCCUACCGAAUCAUCGAAUCAAUACAAUUCCGACAUUGGGCGUCGUCAAGGACAAUUCGCGACCGCAUCCAACGUUCAUGAGAAUCGAAACGAUAUGCAAUAUAUGGUUUACUAUAGAGAUUAUUGCGCGCUUCAUGUCAUGCCCAUCAAGAUUGGAGUAUCUUCGGGCGCCGGUGAACAUCAUCGACAUCGUCGCGACGCUCACAUUGUACAUCGAUCUACUCUCAAGCAUGUUCGGCGCGACAGCCGACCUCGAAUUCUUCUCCAUCAUUCGAAUCAUGCGACUAUUCAAGUUGACACAUCACAAUUCCGGCCUGAAAAUUCUAAUGCACACUUUUAGAGCUUCCGCCAAAGAGCUAAUGCUUCUCGUGUUUUUCCUCGUCCUUGGCGUCGUCGUGUUCGCGUCGCUCGUCUAUUACGCGGAGCGCGUCGAGAGCAACGAGGACAAUCAAUUCCAAUCGAUUCCCAUCGGAUUAUGGUGGGCGAUUGUCACAAUGACCACAAUCGGCUAUGGCGAUAUUACGCCGCACACCUAUUUGGGACGGCUCAUCGGCUCGAUUUGCGCGCUCGCCGGCGUGCUGACAAUCGCACUUCCAGUUCCGGUCAUCGUCUCAAACUUCGCCAUGUUCUACUCGCACACUCAAGCGCGCUCGAAAAUGCCCAAAAAGCGUCGCGGUGUUCUUUCAAUGGACCAAGUCGCUCAACACGUGAAACAUCCGCCAAGGAACGCCAACAACGGACCAUAUCAGCGAAAAAACCUCGAAAACACACCAUUAGUCUCAAAUAAUCACACGCCACCGCACACGCUCAUCUGA